ACUCGCAAUCAGAAAGAAGAAAGAGAGAGGAGGGAGAGAGAACAGGGAGAGAGGGAAAGUGAUAGUCUGAGGUGGGCAAGGACUGGGAAAAGGAGUGUUCGUCUAAGCGAAAGGGGGAGUGAACCUCUUGAGAGUCUGAUUGAUUCUUUUGCUGAUUGGCGACUCUCUGAUCCACCUGCUCACACUGACAGUCCCAAGAUGUCUCAGCUAACUUCAACACAAUGGCGGACCUUGUUAGAUGCAACCGGUGAUGCUGAGAAACCACAUCUGCAAGCACUCUUAGAUGGUGCUACAAAACGGGAACAGGAGUCAGAGAAGGAGAGGAAGGAGGCCUUGCUGAAAAGGCAAGUAGCCCUCCUAGAGACUGUUCCCUCACUGACUGAAGAGCAGUGCGGGGAACAGCUGCAGUCCAUCCUCACAGCCUUUGUUCAAAUCAGGAAUCUUGAGGACCAUACCACUCAGAUCGCCGAAGUUUUUGCAAAACUGCAAACACUUCAGGAUGAUCUGACUGAGAUGACCUUCAAAUACCAUGAACUGACAAAGGAGGUGGCGGAUCUGCGACAAGCCCAAGUGGCCUACCCUCUUCCUCUACCUCCUGGAACUGAAGCUGCAAUCGAAACUACCUCUGCCCCUCUUACUGUAUCUGCUUCUACCUCUUCUUUGAGUGUGAUGGCAACUUCCUCAGGACCUGUAGCAGGUGCAGAUUCCACUGUUGCUGUAACAAGCAAUGAGGCUGGAACUUCUGCAACUGCUGCAGCCCCAAGACCGGAACCAGCUGCUGCUGGUCCCAGCCAUGCUGGUCCCUAUGUGGACCGAAAGGCGGUUCAAAUACCGUCCAAGUACGAUGGCAAGGAAGACAUCGAGUCCUGGAUCGGCUCCAUGAGGGCCUACUUUGAGAUCCUGGGGACUCAAGCUGAGACCCAGGUGGUCAUCAUGGGUAUGAAUGUCGAGCCAGUCGUAUGGGGCUUCCUAGAAGUCCAAGCAACGCGGGCUGGGUUUCCAAAGGCUGCAUUGGCCAAAUGGCUAAGGGCCACCCCGGUUGCCUCCCUCGAAGAACUCCUUACCUCAGAAUACCAAGAUCCACAUGUUGCUGCUAAAGCAACAAUUCAACUGGAUAAAGUAAAGCACAGCAAGUGGAAUGGCUCCAUGAAAAGCCUGCAGACCUAUCUAACCAAGCUGUUUGCCACUCCCGGUUUGGAAUUGUCCCCGCAAUCUUGCUUGGAUGUGGUCAAGGGCGCGGUUCUAACUAACUUCACUAGUCGCCUGGGCAGGGACUACAUUGCUUAUACUGACUGGCUUGCCUUAAUGAAGGAUGGAGUCAGUCUGGAGGCCAUGGACCUCGUUAGCACGGCAGGCAGCAAGAAGCCCAUGGGCGGCAGACGGUUCAAGGGCAGCAACCGUUUUGCUGUGCAUGACCUGYUGGAGGCCGAAGGAGAAGCCGAUGCGGUUGACCCCACUCUUGGUGACGACCAAGAACAGGACUCCGAUACAGCUUGGAAACCGGAAUCGGGCGUAGAGUCGGACUUAGCAAACUCUACGGCAAGGGAGGCUGGUUCUGUUGAAGAUCAGCAACCCUCCCUUGAAGCCCAACCAUCUGCUGAAGACAAGGCUGCGGUAAGUAACGUAUUGUAUGACGAGCCUUGGGAGGAGUCUGAGAUGAUUGACUUCCWCUACCACUUGGAGCAUUGGGCUGAAAUGAAACAGCAGCGGGCCCAAGGGACGGUGAAGUUAAUCUUCUUUAAACUUCUCAUCAACCACCGCUAUCUCCGUGUGUUAGUUGAUUGUGGUGCUAUAGCUAAUUUCAUGUCACCACAUGGGAUACGCAAGGUGGGCUUGGGGAUGAAGCAAGUGGCCCUGCAGAACCUUUGCCGGACCCCAGUUGGCAAUGAAGAAGUUGUCUCUUCAACACAUGCAGUCAAAGGUGUGCGCACUACCUUUGACAAAGGUAAGACUGUCACCCAUGCACUGAACUUCUUUGUCCUUGACAAGUGCCCCUUCGACGUUGUCCUUGGCUUGGGCUGGCUGCAGUCCCAAUGCGAAUGGACCAAGUGGAAGGAAUCACUCUUCAUGGUCAAAGAUGCUCAGGGGAACAAGCUUCCUGUCCUUUUGGAUGAGAAGCACGAAUCCCCAGUGACUUUUCUGAAUGCAUUGAAGUUCUGCAAGAAAUGGCGCAAGCACAAAAAGGAAAAACAAUUGUAUGUUGCCUUUGUUCGUCCUGCUCAUGUGCCUUCUACUUUUGCGGCCAGUACCACGACUACUUUGAUUAAUGAUCCUACUUCUAGUACUUCUACUACUAACACCUCUACCUCUCUACCCUCUAAUAGUCCAAAUGAUCCUACUUCAGAUUCGGUCGUCUCUGUACGCGACUUGCGACCGGACUUUGGUGAUCCCUUUACUGAUUCCCCACCCCCACCUGUCCCAUCAGACAUUCAAGCCCUCCUCGAUCGGUUUCCGGAAGUCUUGGCUGAGCCACGUGCAGUCCCCACGCGACCGGUCCGACACACCAUCGAGUUGGUCGAGGGUGCAGUUCCUCCAAAGGGAUGCGUGUACCGUAUGGGACCCGGCGAGUUGGAGGAACUCCGGCGGCAGAUCGAUGAGAUGAUUGACAAAGGGUGGAUCAAACCAAGCGAAUCUGAAUUUGGUGCUCCUGUGUUGUUUGUGCCAAAGAAAGGAGACAAACUCCGCAUGUGUAUUGACUAUCGCGGUUUAAACCGCAUCACUAGAAAUAAUGCUUACCCAUUGCCGCGUAUAGAUGACUUGCUUGAUGCUGCAGGCGGGUGCAAGGUUUUCUCCAAGAUCGAUCUCAAGUCUGGCUACCACCAGAUUGAAGUCGAUCCUGCGGACCAGCACAAGACUGCGUUCAAAAUGCGCGACGGGCUCUAUCAGUUCACCGUAAUGCCCUUCGGACUUACGAACGCACCAACCACGUUACAAAGCCUCAUGGACAAGGUCCUCCGCGAACAAUUUGGCCGGUUCGUGGUAGUGUACCUGGACGAUAUCCUGAUUUUCAGCAAGUCCAUGGAGGAACACCUCAAGCAUCUUGAGGAGGUACUUGCCGUCCUCAAGAAGACGCAACUCCAUCUCAACUGGGAAAAAUCUGAGUUUGGGACGGAUAACGUCAUCUAUCUUGGGCACCGGUUGUCUGCUGCAGGCCUAGAGCCUGAGGCAACCAAGAUCGAGGAUUGCUCCAAGGUGCUUGCGUACCUUGGGGACCCAUCGGAAGCACGCAUGGCAGUGGAAAAGGAGGAGACGUCGGAAAGGGGGUGGCUAGCUGGCGUCGGCCAGGGGUCAGGGCUGCUGGGGUCGAGCGGCUUGCAGGCUCUGGCGAGUGGAGGCGGGGAUAUGGAGGCCAGUUCUUCCAGCUUCCAGUCCCCUGUUAUGAAGGACUUGAUAUCUGGUUCCCCUGGUGUGGGAGAAGGAGGGUUUGAGAGGGCAGAUAUUCCGAUGUCCUUGAGAAACAUGCUGCUGUACGCGGAGCACCUGUCUUCGGCGGCAUACGGCUUUCAUGGAUCUUAUGAAAGGGGUCUGCAACAGAGCCAGGAGGCGCAAGACCAGGAAAGUCUCCAAGAACUCAUGGCGAAUCAUAUGAUGGCUUCUCGCUUUGACCAACAGCCUUUGAUGCCUGAUGCUCUUACGGAAGGCGAUAGGGCAGCGUUUCAAGGCGUUGGUUGUGGGUUUUAUGACAUCUUCUAUGCUGGUCAGUGCAGCGAAUGCUUCUACACUGCUCCUAUUUGCAGCCCCGGAGGGAUGUUUUAUGACUUUUACAAGGGGUGGGUUGGCCAUAAACCCAGGCUCGAGUAUGACGAUGGUUUUGAGGACUUGGCCGGCAAUGGUAGAGUUGAGAGAGCAGGCAACAGCACCGGCGCCGGCAAUGCCACAUGGACCGGAAUGUUCAUUCAGGCUACUACACCUCGUGGCGACAAGUAUCUUGGAGGGUUACAGCCUAAGGAUGCAGUGACUGUGGAGUUGAGAACUUUGCCGAUGGCGAACAAGAGGAUCGCUCUCCAGUUCGAUUUCAUUUACAAGGGGCGUUUGGAGCCUCGAGUUAGGGAUGUUGGAGUAGAUGUGAAGGUGUUGGGAGAAGCAGCUGGUCCUCUCAAACCCCUGGACACCUUCGUGGCACCCAUUUUUUUGGUCGGACUGCCACAUUUACAGGUCCGGUACGAAUUCCUGUACCCAUUAUCGCUGUUGAAGCUCAAGUUUUCAAUCCCAGUCCCCGUUCGCGACAAGAUCACCACAUGGGGACUGGAUAAUGUGAAGUUGGAGAGUCUUGUUGACAAUUACGCUCCGGUGGCUGCAGACCGAGAUGUCACUGGUAUUUCAGAUCGACCGCUCACCAUAGAGCUCAGUGCAUGGGAUGAAGAGUGUGAUGAUCUUGUCUAUCACAUCACAAGCUUGCCAACUGAAGGAUUACUCUACUUGUGUGCCUGCAACAGCAUCUGGACAGAGGCAAUUGCUGUACGUGAAUUCAGGCCUCCAAGGCCGACUUGUCUCGCUGUGACCGUAAACCCCCUCACUCCAUUCAGUUCUCUUGCCUGUUUCGACCCUAAUGUGGCCCUUGCUCACUCUAUCUGAUCCUCUCAUCAAGUGUGAAAUAAUUGAACCACCACAAUGGCUGGUGCCACCAGGCCCAAAAAAUGUGCCCGUGCCCGUUCGCUUUUAUUGGCGCGCAGCAGAAAUCUGCCUUGGGGAAAAGAGGCUCGGAGGUACUGGUGGUUUAAACUUUAAACCACCCGUUGUUGCGAGCCCCUUUUUCCCAACGCUGAUUUUUGGUGAGUCGCCGAGUCCUCAAAAAACCUUACUGCUCCCAGCACGUGGUUUGCCUGGCGCCCCCUGCCUUUGUGCUGGCCCAUGUUAACCUGUGCGUGCUUUCUCAAAGGCUGGACCAACAACUUUUUUGUUUGUUUGUUUGUUCUGUUUGCAUGUGCAAGGAGCAUGAGUAUGGACGAAGCACAGAAAUCCAGAAUGCAAUAUCACACUGAAGUCCAAGUAUUCAAAGCCAAAGUAGAUAGUACAAUGGAAACGAGUAACCAUCCAAUUGAGAAUGAUACAGAAGAAUCAUGAGUCAAUGUCCAUGCCCAACAGGGCAACACCAACAGCAUAACCCAAAUGUAGCUCUCUCUUGUGAAUGGCGCCAGGUGCCCUAUCUACUCUACAGCCUAUCAUACAACUACAGUAAUGAAAGCAACCAGACAAC